AUGAAUUGCGGACGAGGGCCGAGCAGCACCAGCACUGGCACUACAAACCCACGCCUUUCCAACUCGCUGCACCGCUGUGCUAUCGCGCUGUGCUCUAAUCAGGCCGUAGCCGAAGGUGUAUGCUCCAUGCACCUGUCUCGAACCAGCCGCAUGAGCAGUAGUGGCGGUGCUGUUAUGGAUAAUUGCGCCAUAGGAUCGCGUGGUCUGCCUCUGUCCUUGGCUAGCACAGAAGAUAUUAUGGCUGAAGAACGAUACUACCGCUCAAGUGCGCACGCCGCCUUGCAGCCUCGCGUUGGACCUGCGACAAAGAAGCACAAGCCGUCGCCAGCUGAACCCGUAAAUCGCUACGGGAUGGACAAUUCGUCCUCAAAUGGUGGUCUGACUCGCGAGAGUCUGAACGAGAUGGUCAAUCAAAUGCAGCAAUCGAAGAACGCUGGUAUGUCUGCGUACGAGAAUGACCCGUACGUGUCUGCUCAGACAUCAGGCAGCACAAACGGCUCGAACCGUUCUGAAUCGGAUGGGUCCGUGGACGAGACGAAUUUACGCCGCGAACGAAACCGUAUUGCCGCGCGCAAAAGCCGUCAGCGCAAACUAGACCGCAUAUCGAACCUUGAGGACGAAAAAAUGCGUCUUGAGCAGCACCGCGAUAUGCUUGUGCAGGAGAUCCGAAGCUUGGAAAAGAAGGACUCGGGAGUUGCCUCAAACGUAUUGCUGACCAUCACCGACAAGGAGUACAAGCAGCUGCAGAACAAGCGGUUAGAGGUCAUUAAGCAUGUUGAGGAGGCCUACAACUCGGGUGAUAUCCUCUCAACGGUCCAAUACUUCCGCGAUGACUCAAUUGUCAGCGGACCCCAGAACUCAUCGGUUCAUUUGCGUGGCAAAGACGCUCUGGUGCUGGAUUACCUCUGCACGACGUACUUGUUUGGUGAUGUCCAAAUUCGUCACGUUAAGGUAGACAGUGGUGGUUCCCGUAGUCAGCACUUUCGUGUGCAUUGGGUACUUUCGGGCACCAUUAAGAGCGCCGGUGUUAGCAUGAACAAGGAGUUUCUGGAGCUUAUUGAGAGCGUAAAGGGUCACCGUGUUACUAUUGAGGGUGUUAGCAACUUUUCUUUUAGCGGAAACAAAAUUGUAUACGUGCACCGCACGGCGGACCAAGCCAAGUUUCUGUCAGCGCUCGUCACCUUGAGCAAGCCGUAA